AUGGGCAAGGGCGAGGAGAGCCUCUUCGGCAAGAAGCUGAGCAAGGAGGACGCGAAGAAGGAGAAGGAGGCGAAGAAGGCCGAGGCGAAGGCGAAGCGCGACGCGAAGAAGGCGGAGAAGGCCGCCGCCAAGGGCGAGUCGCUGCCGAAGAAGAAGAAGAAGGACGCGGCCGCGGAGCCCAAGGACGGCGCGCCCAAGGCCGACGAGUCCGAGGCCGACCGCCUCGCGCGCGAGGAGCACAUCAUCGCGACCUUUGCGCACCAGAAGGCGAGCCACGCGCACGCGCGCGACAUCAACGUCCGCGACGUGACGAUCUCGUUCCACGGCGCGAAUUUGAUCGAGAACACGGACUUCAGCCUCAACUACGGCAACCGCUACGGCUUCAUCGGCCCCAACGGCAGCGGCAAGUCGACGAUCAUGAAGGCCAUCGCGGCGAAGUGCCUGCCCAUCCCCGAGUCCAUCGACCUCUACUUCCUCGCCGAGGAGUACCCCGCGACGGACACGCCGGCGCUCCAGGCCGUCUUCGAGGUCGACGACGAGCGCAAGCAGCUCGAGGCCGAGGCCGAGCGCGUCAACGACGCCAUCGGCGCCUGCGACGACGAGGACGAGCAGACCGCGCUCAGCGAGCGGUUGAACGGCCUCUACGAGCGCCUCGACGAGCUCGACGCGGCGACGGCCGAGGUCCGCGCGUCGACGAUCCUCCACGGGCUGGGCUUCACGCCGAAGAUGCAGACCAUGGCGACGAAGGAGUUCAGCGGCGGCUGGCGCAUGCGCGUCGCGCUCGCGCGCGCGCUCUUCCUCCAGCCGACGUGCCUCGUGCUCGACGAGCCGACGAACCACCUCGACAUGGACGCGGUCUUCUGGCUCGAGGACUACCUCGCGUCCUGGACGAAGAUCUUGCUCUUCGUGUCCCACAGCCAGGACUUCAUGAACGGCGUCUGCACGCACUUGAUUCGCCUCAACGAGCACACGAAGAAGCUCGACUACUACUCGGGCAACUACGACCAGUACGUCGCGGAGCGCAAGGUCCGCGACGACGAGCAGCAGCGCAAGUACGACGCGGAGCAGCGCGACAUCGCCGAGAUCAAGGACUUCAUCGCGCGCUUCGGCCACGGCACCGUGAAGAUGGUCCGCCAGGCGCAGUCGCGCGAGAAGCUUUUAGCGAAGAAGCUCGAGGAGGGCCUCACGGCCAAGCCGAGCCGCGACGCGGAGUGGGACUUCUCCUUCCCGGACCCGGGCGAGCUGCCGACGCCCGUGCUCAUGAUCCAGGACGUGUCCUUCGCCUACCCGGGAUGCGAGCCCCUCUACCACAACCUCGACCUCGGCAUCGACCUCGAGAGCCGCAUCGCGCUCGUCGGGCCCAACGGCGCGGGCAAGACGACCUUCGUUAAAUUGAUGACCGGCGAGCUCCAGCCGACGGCGGGCGCCGUGCGGCCCCACAGCCACCUCCGCAUGGCCAAGUUCACGCAGCACUUCGAGGACGUGUUAGACCUCGACCGCGACGCGCUGAGCUGGAUCCACGAGCUCUACCCCAAGGAGUUCGGCAAGAUCGAGCAGGCGCGGUCCUGGCUCGGCCGCUACGGCUGCACGAACGCGCAGCAGUCCAUGGUCAUGUCCCAGCUCAGCGACGGCCAGAAGGCGCGCAUCGUCUUCGCGAAGCUCGCCAUGGACAAGCCCCACCUCCUCAUGCUCGACGAGCCCACGAACCACCUCGACAUGGAGUCCAUCGACUCCCUCGCGAAGAUGAUCAACAACUUCAAGGGCGGCCUCGUCCUCGUGUCCCACGACAUGCGCCUCAUCUCCCAGGUCGCGAAGGAGAUCUGGAUCUGCGACAAGAAGCAGGUGACGCGCUACGAGGGCGACAUCCUCAAGUUCAAGCUCGCCGCGAAGAAGGAGCAGAAGAAGAAGCUGGCGCAGCACAUGCACGGCUGA